UCGCUGUCACAGAAUUGACAUUGAUGAUUGAUCGCAAUGUACAAUAAAAAGAAAAGGGCAAGGAAGUAUUGCGCAGUGUUUAAGUGCCUUAACACGGAUAGAGAACCAGAUUUAACUUUCUUUAAGCUCCCUCAGGACGAUGAGAGGUGCCGGACGUGGUUGAAAUUAAUCGAUAGACAAGAGUUACUAAAACAAGAUUUUAAAAAGUCAAGCUAUUAUGUUUGUAGUAAACAUUUCAGUGAUUCAUCAUUCAAAAUAAUAAAACAACUUAAGGAUGAUGCUCUUCCAUCAAUUUCCUUGCACAAUCAACCACAAGAAGGCUCACCUUGCUCCCAGCAACCAUCUACAUCCUCAGAAGUCAAAAGUAAAGCAAAAAUAUUGUCAAAUAAAAUUGAAAAAAACAGCUCCAAAGUAAAGUUCACACCUGAAGACAUAAAAAGUAAAAGUCAAAUGUCUAUAUUACCAGCUGAAAGUAAAGAAUAUGCAAUUGUUGGAACCCAAACGGAUACAAAUUUGCAAUCGUCGGAAGAGCAAACACAAACUCCACAUUCACUUACCGCACAAAUGCCAAGAAAACGAAAACUUUCAAAUAAGUUACAAGACUGUAAAUUGAAACGCCGAAGGUUGGAUCAAGAACCUACAAAAAUUAAGAAGAAAUUGGGAGCAAAAAACCUGUCUUUAACAUGCAAUGAUCCUGAUUCCUGACGAAGGAAUUACUCGGAGGUUUCAGAACUUGAUUGAAUGGCAGAAUAAAAUUAAAAACAAAUUAAAGACAAUUAUUUUGCAUUGAAUUUAUAUUACGCUAGUCCACAAGUAUAAUAUAAAUGCUUACAAACGGUAUUAAAACUACCGAGUAAAAAUACUUUGAAUAGACUCAAG